AUGAAGGCGGAGAAAAUACCGGACGUGAUUUUGGUGAGGAAAAUAUUCGAUCGAAGUGCACGACAACGACGCCGAGUGUGGAAGUUGAAGCGAUUGGUGAACGAUGGCAAUGUGGUGAACGAUAGUGCAUCGGUGGAGAAUGACUACGAGGGCUUCCUGGAAGAUUUGGAAGAAGAUGCAGAGAUG